AUGUUUUUAAUUAAAAUACUUUUAUUGUAUGAUCAUAAUGGCAAUGCAAAUAAAAGAAAUCGGACAAAUCAAACAUCUUUACAUUGUGUAUUUCAAACUGGAAACGAAGUACGACGAAAUGAAUGUUUAACAUUACUUUUAAAAUGGAAAGAUAAAAAUACGAAUGAAACAAUUGAUAUUGAUGCCCGAGAUUCGGAAGAAAACACGGCACUUCAUUAUGCAGCUCUCUACGGUUUGAAAUCAUGUGUUGAGAGUCUUUUAAAUCAUGGCGCGGCCUUGUAUGUGGAAAAUAAAGAUAAAAUGUCUGCAUGUGAUUUAGCAGAGAAAAAUGGUCAUAAAGAUUUGGCACUGUAUUUAGAAUCAAGAAUGAUAUUUAGUAAUAGUACAGAAGAUUUAGAUAUUGAAGAAUCUCCAUUGAUGAUUAGUGAUACAUCCUGUGGUUUACGGAUACAAGAUUUACAAGAAGCAAAAGAUCUUUUACUCGUCGAAACAGCCGACAUGUUGCAACUGCCAUUGUUUACAGCUGAAGCACUUUUAAGAAAUUAUGAAUGGUCAAAAGAAUUAUUACUUCAAUCAUGGAUUGAUGAUCCUAUUCAAUGUUGUGAGAAAUGUGGUGUAUCACCACCGCUUAGUCUAUUACAUGAACGUGGAUUAACAUCAAUGAAUAUUGUCGAUUUAGAAACAAUUUCCUUAGCGAAUGAGUGUGGUAUAUGCUAUAGUGUAUUUGAACUUGGAUGUGAACGUAUUGUUAUUUCAUGUGAUCAUCAGUUUUGUAAACAAUGUUGGCAAAACUAUUUAACUGUUAAAAUUCAAGAAGGAAGUGUUCACAAUAUUUUUUGUCCAGCUUAUGAUUGUUUUUCAUUUGUACCAAAUGAAAUAAUUGAAAAAUGUGUUACAAAGGAAAUGGCUCGUCGUUAUUUACAAUUUGAUAUCAAAGCAUUUGUUGAUUCAAAUCCAAAUUUUAAAUGGUGUCCAUAUCCUAAUUGUGGACUAGCUGUACAAAGUCCACUCGAUCGUAUCCAACAAUCAUCUCAUAUGAAAGAAUUUUCAAAAUCGGUUAAUUGUAUCAAUGGACAUUAUUUUUGUUGGGAUUGUCUACAAGAAGGGCAUGAACCAGCUAGCUGUCAAAAUUGGAAAGAUUGGUUUGAUAAAUUACUUGAAAUAAAACCAGAAGAAUUAAAAGGAACUGAUGAAGAGGAAGAAAUUGCUGCAAAUUGUUUAUGGUUAGUUACGAAUUCAAAAAAAUGUCCAAAUUGUUCAAUAUCAAUACAAAAGAAUGAAGGAUGUAAUCAUAUUAAAUGCGUAAAAUGUAAACAUGAUUUUUGUUGGAUUUGUUUGGAAGUAUGGAAAAAACAUUCGUCAACAACUGGUGGAUAUUUUCAAUGUAAUCGUUAUGAACAUGUGAAUAAAAUUGUUGCUAAAGAACGUGAACUAAUUACAGAAGCUGAACAACAUCAUAUUCGAAUGGUUGAAUUAAAUAAAUUUGUUCAUUAUUAUACAAGAUUUAAAAAUCAUGAAAAUUCAUAUCGAAUUGAAGAACCAUUAUCAAAAAUAGCGAAAGAAAAGUGUGAAAUUAUUUUAUCAUUAACACCUUCUCAUUCAUCACCAUCUGUUACAAUUACAACAACAGAAAAUGAUCAAGAAUCACAAACAAAAUUUAUUGAAGAUGCUAUCAAAGAAUUAUUACGUGCUCGACGAGUAUUACGUUGUUCUUAUGUUUACGGAUAUUAUUUAGAAAAUAGUGGACAUAAAAAAAUGAUAUUUGAAUUUAUACAAACUGAAUUUGAAGAAUGUACCGAAACAUUGUCACAAAUUAUUGCACGUCCCUACUUGAGAACACCUAAAGCUCGAAUUAUACAAAUAGCAAAAAAUGUUAAACGAAAACGUUUGGAAUUUUUAGAAACAAUUGCCAGAGGUCUAAUACCACCGGAUACACCACCCAGUCUCAGAAAGUUUAGUAGACAAAGAUGGAAGUAUUUGUUGAAAGAUGAUGUCGAUGGUGAUGAUAGUGAAUUGAAAAAAGCUAUUGCCAAUUCAUUAAAAGAAUUAAAUCCAAAAAAUCCAUGGGUAGUCGAUAGAAAAGGUCGACAUACAAAUUUAGUGACAUUAUUGGAUGAAUGGCCAGAGUUAGAAGAUGAAGUUGAUUCAUGUCUAAUAUCCUGCGACGAUGGUCCCUAUUGCAAACGUCAUAAUUGUUUUCGACAUCGAGCACGAAAUCCGACUACAUCUAUUAUCUAUGAUUAUUGUUCAUUAAAAUGUUUACGUCUUGAUCGUAUUGAACAAUUAGAGAAAGAAGAAAAAGAGAUGGAACAGGCUCUAUUACCCACAACUGUUCAGUCAACUACCACAGAAAAUACCCAACAGAAUUCUCUACCAUCAUCUCCAUCAUCGACUGUAUCAUCAAGUGAAUUACCACCUUAUCAAACAUCUCAUUAUAUUAUGGAUUUAUUACGAGCGCUUGAAAUGUCUCGUUUACAAGCAGCGCGGGAAAUGGAACAAAAUCUCUAUCGACCUAGAAGUUGUUCAAAUCAAAAUGUAGUAGAUAAAUCAGAUUAUUAUGAUGAUUUACAGCGAGCAAUUGAAUUAUCAUUGAAAACAAAUCAACAACAACAGCAAUUACAAACUAAACAAAGUGAAACGGAGACAGCAGUGGCAUCUAACAGUGAAAUAAUAUCAACAACGGUGCCAUCAUUACUCGUCGGUGCAACUGUCUGUUUUUCAGCAUGGAUUGAUGAUGGAUCGUCAGUUGAUGAACAACAUCAUCAAGUAACUCAUCCAACAACGACAUUUUCAAGUUUAGAUCUAUUUGCUGACGAUGAUUCUGAAACAUUAAAUUCCAUGAUAUUAAAUAUGGAAGUAAAUGAUAAAAAUUUAAAUGACAAAAAAGUAUUGGCUUUCGAUCGUAAAGCAAAAGAAUUAAAAGAUAAUUUGAAUACACCCGAUGUUAUUAAAGAAUAUGAAGAUUAUGAUUUUAAAUGUAUGGAAACAUCGUUGUUACAACAACAGAUAAUGUUCAAACGUAACAGUAGUAAUAAGAAAAAAGAUAAUUCUACUAUUAUUCAACAACAACCACCACCACCACAACAACAACAACAGAGUAACGAUAAUGAUAAUAAAAUAUCAGUACAACCAUUAAGAAAAAAACAGCAAGUUCAACUAAAAUUAAAUAAUUAUUCAAUGACAAAUAGUAACAAUGAUGAUAUUCGUCCAUGUGAACCGGGUGAAACUUUUAAACGAACGUCGAUUGUAACCGAUGAUCAACAACAAGAGUCGCAGAUAAUAAACAGUAUUUCUUUCGUGAAUCCUACCUCAACACAUCAGAUAACUCGUGCAAUUGUUGAACGAAUACAAACUCCGACUGAGGAUGAACCGAAUGCUAGUGCCAUUUGA